AUGAGGCAACUAACUGCCCUUAGGAAGGUAUCAAUUGAUAUGUCGAGGUUUCUCGAAGGCUUACGAGAUAUCCCCUCCCCACAACGUUUGGAAAUAAAAAGAUGUAAAUGUAGUUCAUUGCCAGAGUGGGUGGGAGACAUGACCUCUCUUAAAGAAUUAGAGUUAAUUGGAUGCAGGGAGUUGAGGUCACUACCAAGUACCUUUCCACGCCUCACCAACUUGUGUAGAUUAAGAAUAAAUGAUUGUCCUCAUCUGGAGGAGCGCUGCAAGAGGGAAACAGGGGAAGAUUGGCAACUCAUAGCUCGUAUUCCAGAAAUAGAGCUCCCAGAGGAACAGGCUUCAACAUACAGUGGUGAAUUAAUGAUUUCUUUAUGUUUUUUAAUUUGUCCAUAA